GACAGGGAAUGAACUUGAUUAUACAGGUGCAGUACGUGAGAGUGCCACAUGGCGACGGUAGAUAAUCUUUGACAGCAAGCAGUCGCUAUGGCGGGGAGCAUCGAGGCCUGGUACUAUGGGCUGCCGUACGUCACGCGCUUCUACCUGUCGGUUUGCUUCGGCUCGACGUUAUUGAGCACGCUAGGCUUCCUCAACCCACAGUCGCUGUACCUGGAUUUCGACUUGGUGUGGCAACGUUUCCAGCUCUGGCGUCUCACCACGUGUUUCAUGUUCCUUGGGAGCUUUAGUUUCCCCUUCCUCAUGCAGCUCAUGAUCCUAACUAACUAUUCUUCCCGACUGGAGGAGGACCCUUUCCCGGGGGGUGGUGGCCCCACGGCUGACUACGCCUUCAUGCUCUUCUUUGGAGCCGCUGUGCUAUGGGUGAUCGCGUUUUUCAUGAGCAUCCCGUUCCUGGGCACGUCGCUGAUUUUUAUGAUCGUUUACGUCUGGAGCCGUCGAAACCCGACAGCGCCUGUUGCCAUUUGGGGCUUCCGCUUCGACGGGCUGUAUCUGCCGUGGGCUCUAAUCGCCUUCACGGUGCUCGUCGGCGGCAACCCGAUCAUGGACGUCUUCGGCGUCAUCGCCGGUCACUUGUACUACUUCCUGCUAGAGGUGCUACCAGCAACCAAGGGCUGGAACUUGCUGCAGACUCCGGCGGUGUUCACGAACUUGUUCCCAUCUCCACAGGUCGCUGCUGGUGGAGUCCCAAUUAUCGGCGCUCGGGGUGCGGCUGGACGCGGCGCUGUUCCCGGCACUGGUGGUUAUGCCUGGGGAACGGGUAGACCCUUGGGUACGGAAUAAGACGAUAGUUGCUUCAAGAGCCUAAUAGGAGAGAACAAUGCAAUAGUUGCUUUGAGAGCCUAAUAGGAGAACAAUUGAGCAUCCAUAUUAUGUGCUGACGAUAUACUUCUCUGGCUCACUUCAAAAUAAAUAGAAACACCGCAACGAGG